CAAGUGCCGCUCAGUUCAGCAGAGAACUUCGUGCGGGCCACAACGCGGACCUGGUGCUCAAACGCGACGAAUCGGACCGUGCGCUAUCAUUUGCCUAAACUCACCUCUCGAGUCUUCUUUUUCUUUUUUUUUAUCGUCAAUCUAUCCCCCUUCCCUUUCGAUCGGAUUUGUGUUAUCUAUUUGCCCCCCUUCCCCUCAACUUUGUCAAAGUGCAAUAAAGUCAUCGAGUAAUCGUUCAAUCAGCUGUGUGAGGGGAACAAUUUACGUGAAAAAAAGUGUCUAUUCUAUCGCCACCUCGCAAGAAGUGGUGGCACCCCGUUGUUUGUGAUGUUCUAUUUUUAACAGACACAACAAAAAUUUUGGUGUGAUUUAGAAUUUUCAUUGUCUGCGCGUGGAAAACUGCAGUGGCGAACGAGAGAGAGAGAGCAGAAGGAAGAAAAAGUGUGCCGAGUGCAGCGUUGAAAGUUUACUCACUUCCAGUGGAGCGUUCCAAUUGAAAUAAAGCACCAACCUACUAGCCAAGUGAUGUUCUACAAAUCAACGACAACAGCGCAGUACUAAAGUGCUACUAGUGAUGUGUAGUCGAGUUAGUCGCUCGGCGUAGAAGGUGAUGUUCGCGAGUUGUUUUGCGCCGAGCUUCCUUCCGACGAUCCGGGCCAAGUUCAGAAGCCGACCGGCGAGAUUUGUGCUGUAGUGUCAGACACCAAUUGAAACCAAUUACCAACCAAGUGCGAGUCAGUCGUCUCAGUCAGGCUGAGCGAAAUUAACAGCAAUACAAAAAAUCACCUUAGUUCAAGUGCAAAUUUACCCCCGAACCAAACUCAUCAUCAUCAUCGAAAACCAUCGAAUCCAAUCGACCAGAGCAGAGCGAUAUCCACUUGGGGCAUCGUAGGCACGGUGGAUUAAAUGGAUAGCCCGCGUGGCCACCGACGACGACGACGACGACUUCCAGCAGCAACGCCGCGGGGGCCAGUCUUCUAGAUGAAAGGACUCAACCGGACCAAAUGUCGCAUCGCUAGGCGCUUGUUUUUGUUUUUCGCCACCCUCUCGAUCAUCCCGUUUACGGUGCUCUACCUGGUCACCUCGGACCAUCUAUACCGAUUCCGAGCGGCGUACAAUUACGCUACCAGCAGCACUAAUGGCUCCCGGCAUCAGCUCCAGUUCCACCCGGUGCACCAUCCGCCCCCGGGAAUCCUGCAGCAUGGCAAUGGCCACCAGCAGCAGCAGCAGCAGCACAAAAGGCACGAUCUGCUGCAACAGCAAAAGGCCGCCAAGAAUGGCACGAAUAGCAACCAAUAUUUGAUAGAUAUGGAGUACAUGAAGCACCGGAUGGAGAACCGGGUGGCACGACUGAACGAAAAGUGCGCCGAAUAUAGACUGAACGAGCCAAAACAAAACUACAAGCCCAAAGCGUGGGAGUAUCUGAUCAACCGCGACUACCACCUGGUGUGGUGCAACGUGUUCAAGGCGGCGAGCACCUCGUGGAUGUACAACUUUAACCUGCUGGCCGGCUACUCGCCCGAGUUCCUCAGAAAGACCAAAGAUGUGCCGUUGCAGCUGGCGCGCCAAAAGUAUCCGCGGCCAUCGGUCGAUGCGCUCCGCGAAGCGAUCAACGGAUCCAUCUCCUUCAUCAUCGUGCGUCACCCCUUUGAGCGACUGGUCAGCGCCUACAAGGACAAGAUCCAGUACGCAUUGCCGAACUCCCACCACCAAAAGCUGGGCAUCCGUAUCAUCCAAAAGUACCGAAAGGUAGCCAAAGGACAGCCCUGGAACACCCAAAAGUAUCCGACGUUCGCCGAGUUUGUCAACUACAUGCUGGACGAGGUCCGGCAUCCGCACUUCGAGAUCGACAUGCACUGGAUCCCGGUGACGUACUUCUGUACGCCCUGCUUCUUCCACUACGACGUGAUCGCCAAGUUCGAAACGCUCGAGGAGGACCAAAACUAUCUGAUCUCGGUCGGCCAGCUCGGCAACAUGAUCAAACCGCAGUGGAAGAACGCCGGCAAGGGGGCGCACACGAAUGACGUCGUGCUGAAGCUUUUCGGCGAGCUCGAGGACGAGCAGGUGCGCGGGCUGUACGAGUACUACAAAUUUGACUUUGAGCUGUUUGGGUACGGGGUGGAGGAUUACCUGAAGGGACGCAGCCCUCCGGGUGGACACUAGCGGCAACGGAGUAGAAACUUUGUCAAAUUACCAAAUUUAGUAGUGAGAAUAAGUCAAAUCGAGGGAUAGAAAAGUGACCAAGUAGAGAGAACGAUACGCAGAAACAAAAAAAAAAAAAUGCUGCUGUUUUAAGCACACUUAUCUUUAUUGUAGACAACUAAACAAUGCUGAACAAAUUAUAUUCAACCAACGCGACUUUUUCUUAGUGGAUCAAAUCAUAUUUUUAUAUCGCGAGCGAAAAAAAAA